CCCAGUACGACUUUGACAUUUACUGUCACCAGCAGCCCUACAACGACGUUGACUCUCUCAACCCUAGCCGUCACAACUCCCUCAGCAUCCACGACCACCGUCAUCUCCACAUCGACCUCCACAGUCCAAUACUGCCCUACACCAACAUCAUGUGAUAACCAAGGCCUACAGUACGCCGCCUUCUAUAACCCUGAAGGUAACAACGCCGAUGAUUCCUAUUCGACGUUCGACCCCACAUACCUAAAGUCCACGAGCGUCGGUGGCCAAGGAACCGCUAAUUUGUACUAUUCCGCUGUCACCACCACGGCGGGCGGCAUCGACAACCAUUGCACCAGCGCCGAUAUCACCGUGUACGGCGACAGCACCGAAUUUGGGUGCCAAUUCUUCACGCUCGACCAUCGCGGGUACCUGUUCGCGGCCGAGACGGGGACAUACACUUUCUCCGUGUCUGGCGUGGACGAUAUCUUCUUCCUAUGGACCGGCACGACAGCGCAGUCUGGAUGGACCAGGGACAACACUGCUCUCACUGUUACCGAAACUGCUAGUGAUGGCAGCUACUCUGUAGAUUUGACCCAGGGCGAGUACUUGCCAUUCCGUAUGAUUUUUGGUCAGGCGCAGGGCUAUGCUGUUUUUCAGGUAUCUGUUACCGACCCCAACAAUGAUGUUAUCUUGGAUUCGGACUCGGCUGGAUCGCCUUAUUUGGUACAAUACUCUUGUGAUGGGACGACUGCUCCGCAAUUCGCGGGCGCUUUCGGGGAGGAGGAGUAG